AUGUAUCUCGCGUCGCCCAGAAUUUGGUUCCUCGCUCAUUUUUGGACUUUCGCUGCCACCAUGAAUGUGAACCUAUCCGUUGUACCCAACAGCCUUCCUAUUCUGCAGGAUGAAGGAGAAAACCAAAACUUCCACUGCCCAAACUCUGCUGCACUCAAGAAAAGGUUGACUAGUCCCGUUUGUGACUCAAUUGGGAAUCUGUUGACUGCGCUUGCUAAACAACCAAAACAACAUCUUUCUGAGUGUGACGUAGGCCAGUCGUGUCCCGAGAUCUCAGUCGGAAUAUCUGGGGCUUUUCAGCCAUCCCCUCCUCCCCCCUCAGGAGGGGGAAUUCGGCGGAGAACUCGCCAGGCAUCUUCAACCUUCACAAAAUCAUUUACAAGCACUUGCGGCAAUUCGUUGGGCUCGGCCUUGCAAGCGUCUUGUUUGGUACCGCCACCGCCACCCUCGCAUUUGCAGUUCCUCGAACAAGGCAGUGUAUGGGAAGAUGCCCCCUCGGUACAGGCGUUACAACACCACCGAUCCACACGCAAAUACCGGCGUCGGACGGUACACGGGUCGACUUGGAAACACGGUUCUCCUUCGUUGCAGGAUCCCGCGAUCGUCACGUUGGCCAAGAAGGCACCGCACGAUUCAAUCACCGCUCCUACCAAUAGUAACAACGCGUGGGAAGACUUGGUGCAAACCGUUCUUCCUUCCAGUAGUAGUAGCAGCAGCCGCACCGAAUCUACCGUCGCAUCCAUCGACAGUGACCCCGCCUAUCAACGCCGCAAGGCCGACUGGGCGAGCAAGUACGCGUCCGUGGAAGCCCUGCGGGCAACUUUUGGAGUCAACCGCAACGGUUUCUGGGGAGAUUUAGACGCCGACCGGACGCGCCGUUUGUACAAAACGCUCCUGCCCAAGGCGCUCUUGGAACUGCACGCCAUGGGCGUGCAGGCCCAGGAUUUAGCCCCUCUCGCCUACCGUGCCCGCGUCGCCGCCAAACUGUACGCCCGCGAACGAUCCUACGUUACCCUCCGCAUAGGAAGUCACAUGCUCGACGGAAUACGAACCUGGCAACGCUACGGACAAUUCGACGUUACCGGUAUGAGCUACACGCAGGUAUGGGAAAAGUACGCCAAGGCCAUUCUCGAAGAUGCCGACGAAGAUGACGAAUCCCACGCCGCCCUCCGCGAAGAAGACGUUACCGCACAAAUAUGUCUCAAGAUUUUGGAAUCGUCGUGUCGGAGCAACACCAUGAUUGAUCGAUUGUGCCUUGCCAGUGGCAGUCACAACAGCCACCACGAGGAUCACGAUACGACCUGCUUAACGCCGCCACACCAUUGCGACGAUCUCAACAUUCUCACGCAGGAUUUGGAACGCGAAGUGUGGAGUAUUUUGGACGAGGCCCAGACCCGUCCCCACAAUCCUCGACCACACUCACCGACCGAGCACCAAUCGUCGUACAAUGUACAGCGCUGGCGUACGCUGCGUACGCUGGCCCGGGUCAAGCGACGUUUGGAACGCUUACAGCACCAUCCUCACCCGGAUUCCCAAUAACCACCACCGCUGGACUCCGCAUUCGUGCGGUCUCGGCAUGUCACUACUACUGAAUAAAACAAAACAUGUGCACACACAAGGUAGCCGCUGCCAAUCCACCUGGUUGGUUGUUUUCUCUCACAAUAAACAACCGCAACCUAGUAAAAUACUGUUUCAAC